UUGUCUUCUAGAAGCUUCUGAUGAUACCUGUGGGUGGACGAAAGGACCAGCUAGACAUAGACAGACCUGGUGGUGGAAUAAUGAGGUUGACCAGUGUAUAAAGGAAAAGAGGAAACUUUGGAAAGAGUGGAAGUCAGGUGGUAGUAAAAAUAUUUACUGAGAAGCUAAGCGUCGCGCUCGUACAGCAGUGUAUAAGGCAAAAUCAGAAGCAGAGAGAAACAGAUUUGCAGAUGUGUUAAGAAGGGAAGACCAGCGCAAUGAGGUAUUCAAGAUAGCAAAGCAAAUGAAGAAGACUAAUCAAGAUAUUGUAGGUGAGAAGUGUAUACGUAAUGAUGAAGGUGUUUUGGCUAGCACAGAGGAGGAGAAAAGGGUAGCUUGGAAGAAUCAUUAUCAGAGGUUGCUUAACACUGAGUUUGAUUGGGACGAGGAUAAUUUGUCUGAUGAUGAUGUCGUAGAAGGGCCAGCUAUGCAGAUCAAGACAGAAUGGGUAGUGGAGGCUAUUAGGAAAUUGAAGAUUGGCAAGGCUGCAGGAGUAUCAGGUAUUGUUGCAGAGAUGGUAAAAGCAUCUGGAUAUAUUGGAGUUGAGCUUAUUACAAGUCUUGCUAACCAGAUUAUAAAGGAUGGUGCUAUUCCGAGUGAGUGGCAGUCGAGUGUAAUAGUGAAUUGUUUCAAGGGCAAGGGUGAUGCAUUAGAAAGGGGUAACUAUAGAGGUUUGAAGUUGGUUGAUCAAGUAAUGAAAGUUAUUGAAAGAGUGAUUGAUAAGUUACUUAGAGAAAGAAUUGAUAUAGAUAAGAUGCAAUUUGGUAUUCAAGAUAGCAAAGCAAAUGAAGAAGACUAAUCAAGAUGUUGUAGGUGAGAAGUGUAUACGUAAUGAUGAAGGUGUUUUGGCUAGCACAGAGGAGGAGAAAAGGGUAGCUUGGAAGAAUCAUUAUCAGAGGUUGCUUAACACUGAGUUUGAUUGGGA